CUUGGUGGUUCGCCAAUCCCAUGACGUGUAACGGAUCUCAACUUGGACACUGAUCGAGACAAGUCACACUCGACUCCAUAUAUAACGCCAACCAUCAUGUCCUCUUACUCGUCUUACCAUGCUGCAUAUCGUUGCUAUCCUCCUUGUCGCCCUCGCCUCGGCAGUUCUCCUUCACUUGCUAGCCUAUCUCUUCGACCCGUACCACUUUCGUCCAUUUCCCGGCCCUUUCCUUGCAAAGUUCUCGGAUGCAUGGUUGGGAUGGGUAUCAUAUGGAGGCCACCGGUCCGAGGCAGUCCAUGAGAUGCACAGAAAGUAUGGCACCUUUGUCAGAAUUGCUCCAAACCAUCUCUCCGUCGCUUCCCCAGAGGCUCUCCAGGUCAUCUACGCCCACGGCAAUGGCGCCAUGAAAUCCUCCUUUUACGACGCCUUUGUCUCAAUUCAAAGAGGCCUCUUCAACACCAGGGAUCGCGCUCAACAUACCCGCAAGCGAAAGAUAAUAUCCCACAUCUUCUCCCAAAAGAGUGUUCUCGAAUUCGAACCAAGUCUGCGUCUUUACGUCGGCCAACUCAUAGCUCAAUGGGAACGUCUCUUUGACAAAGCUCUCAAAGGCGAGUCCGGUACUGACGGCGAAGGAGGUUGGUCCGGUCGCGAUGGUCGUCUCUGGCUUGACUGUCUUCCCUGGACCAACUACCUCGCAUUCGACAUAAUCGGCGAUCUCGCCUUUGGCGCCCCCUUUGGAAUGAUCAUGGUUGCUAAAGACUCUGCCCCAGUUCCCAAAAGCAAUGAAGAAGGCCUUGCCGCCAUCGGUCAAAAGACUUCUUGUCAAGUCCUCGACAUUCCUGCCGUGCAAAUUUUGAACGACCGAGGCGAGUUUUCAAUGACCAUGGGUGUCUUUCCUUCAUGGUGGCGCCCCAUCGCUCGAAAACUCCCAAUGUUCCAGGUCGGCGGAAAAGCCGUCAAGUCACUCGCCGGUAUCGCUAUAAUGGCCGUCGCGAAACGGCUCGCCACACCUACCGAUAGAACCGAUUUACUCAGCAAACUACGAGCCGGCAAAGAUGACAAGGGCAAACCCAUGGGCCGAGAUGAGCUUACAGCCGAGGCUCUCACCCUUCUUAUAGCAGGCUCCGAUACCACGUCCAACUCGUCUUGCGCCAUCAUCUACUACCUCGCCCGAAACCCCCGUGUCCAAGCCAGACUCCACAAAGAACUCGACGAGCAGCUCAACGACUCGGUAUCGACCGCCGAUGAGGUCAAGAACCUCCCCUACCUCGACGCGUGCAUCAACGAAGGUCUGCGGUUGCACUCGACGUCUGCUCUCGGUCUCCCUCGGAUCGUUCCAGAGGGCGGGAUGACCGUACAUGGUCAUCAUUUCCCCGAGGGUGCCAUUUUGAGUGUGCCCAGUUACACCAUCCACCGCGACCCGACCGUUUGGGGCGAUGAUAUUGACGAGUACAGACCGGAGAGGUGGUUCGAGAGGGAUAACGCGCUCAUCCAGAAGACGUUCAACCCCUUCUCACUUGGGCCCAGGGCAUGUGUAGGGCGCAAUCUCGCCUCGCUGGAGUUGCAGAUUAUCGUUUCGUCGAUUUUGAGGAGGUUCCAAUUUGCUUUGGAGGAUCCUGAUAUGCCGGUAUGUGCUCUUUUCUGUGUCUGUUUUUUUGUGGGAUGUGAGUUUAUAUAUUUGGUAGCUCCCGACGAGGGAGGGUUUCUUGAGGAAGCCUUUGAAAUGCAGAGUGGGUAUUAAGAGACGUGAUGUACUUUGAAAGUACUCGUAGGGAAAAACAAUUGUAUCUUUAUGGACAGGACUGUUCGAAAGUCG